AUUUUGGACCGCAACCCGCCAUUUAAAGUUUUGUGAGACACUAAGAAUGAUUACUGAGGUUUUGUUUGAUAGUAGUUUUGCCGAUCGCCUGCUUGCUGUAGAUCAGUUCCAUUGUGGAGUGAUAAUAGGUGGACGACUUGGAUCCCAGGAGUGUUUGUUCCUACCUAUUGACAUUCCAAAAGAUGAAACUCUAGGCGAUUCACUUCAUCUUUCCCAUAAGAUUGAAGAUUUAAAUGAAAAGUGGAUUGCAUCACACUGUAGGAAUCUUGCACGAAUGAUUCCUGGAGGUGUUCAUAUAAGUGGAAUCUGUCUGACAAUCUCUCACGGUGAAUUUAACGGUCAUAUUAAUCACAUUCAGAAAAUUCUUUCUUAUAUAUCACGUGAUGAUGUGCUUAUAAGCAAGUAUAUCUGUGCAAAAAACACGGAAAAAUUGGUGCUGGUAGCUGACCCCAAAACAAAGAAGUUUCAAUGCAGAGCUUCUGCUGCAGACGGAUCUAGUAGUCAGUUACGAACAGUAGAAGUGAAGAUUCGCCCAAUCGUCGAUCGAUGGGUAUCAUUCAAGACUCAAAUACUUCUGUCUUUGGAGACUCACUUACCGUCCGACCGGAAAAAAGAGAAAAUCUUGCACCAACUUCAGGCUGCCAUCGAACCUUACCUUCAAUCCUUGGUUACCGAAACACAGUUAUUGAUCAAUGGCGAAUUGCGUCAACCUAAUGAAAGAUUACUGAAAGAUGUAGAUUUUCCUGUGCCCCUUGAUAGUGAUAUCCCAACUAAGAAGAGCACAAAGGCGUCAAAGUCAAAGCGUUAUGAUUUAGCUCUGAAUACGGAUCAGUCUUCAGGCACUUCCGCGGGAAGCAAGAAAUAUUCAAUCGCUAAGGGGUCUGCUAGUCCAGCUUUCACCCCUCUAGAUAUAGUAAUUUUUGGACCACAGUUCCCCCAAUGGCAGCGUGCAAGUUCGUCAUCGUCACUUGAGUCUGGUGCUAGUUCAGACACAAAUAUGAAUAAUGGAAAUGAUACUAAUGAUUCUUCAGGUAGUUUCGUCCCUAUUAAUCGAUUGUUAAUCAAUGGCCGAAUUCCUGGAAUAGCGUUUUUACCAUCUAAUUCAAGCGUUGGAGACUUACUUGAGGCAUUACGGAAUGAUCUUGUACGGAGUAUACUAACACGUUUACAACUUUUAACGGAAGAGUUACAUAUUACCAGUGCUGAACUGGAAGUUCCUCGCAUGUUACUGCCUCAACGAGUAUUAGUUCGACUUCCUGCUUGUCCUACAUUACCAUUGUCUGACUAUAAAUUUUUGUCAGAAACUGCUGAAGAUGUUGUGAAUCGUCUGGUGUAUUUUUGUUUACCUCUUGGAACUACUACUAAUGGGACAGGUGAGGGGAUUACUUCCGAUACCACCAACUCCUCGAAAAAUUCUCUAUCUGAAAUCGAGGUGCCAUCUUCACGUGGUCCUAUAGAUGCUUCGUGCCUAGACAUUACUUUGGAAAAAAGUCCUGAACUCAGUGCUGAUGAUGAAUUCUCCGAAUCUGAAUUAAUCGAUGAAGUAGGUGAAUCUGUUCCUAUUUCCAGUCAAAUCACAUUGUACAAUCCUACCAUACUGGUUGUCAGCGUGAUUGUUUUGAUCGCAGCUGUUCUGUUAGCGUAUUACUUCGUUACACAAUCAUACCAGUCAAAAGAUUCCAUACCUUCUUCACAAUUGCCAAAGGAAAUGUGAUCGUCAACCAACCACAUUAUUACUAUUACCAUUAUUCUUACUUUAUCCGACAACUGUGAAAAAAAAACCAUCAUUCAUCUUCCAAUUUGUUUGUUCUAUAUCUAAUAAAAUGUAUUACUUCGUCUAUAUUUUGACAUGUCAAACAAGCAAAUCCAUCAUUUUUGUAUUUCUUUUUUCAUUAUUAUUAAAUUAUCUCUGUACUUGAGGGAGAGUUGAAUAGGUGAAAUUCUCCCACAAUUAUUUUUUUCCUUUUAUUUUCCAUAUGUUGUUACACACACACACACACAGGGAUAUACCGAAUUGUUCACAAGUUUAUUUUAUUCAAUCCGUGCUGUGAGCUGAACUAGGUACCUGAUUGUUAUUCGUUUUUAUUUUGUAAAUCCUUUUUACCUCUUUUUUUAAAAAGUAAAUUGUACAUCAUGUCAAAAAGCUGUUUCAUGAAAGGUGUGGAUUUGUUGUUCAGUCAGUGUUUAAAACUACACUGGUGUCUUUUCUUCAAAUAAUAUGUAUAAAUCAGUAUAUUUUUUUUUAUAUUUUCUUAAAGCAACCCUGUGCGUACGUGUAUCAGUGUAAGUUCAUACAUAAAAACUUCUUUCACAUACUUCUCAUGCUUCUGGGUUUUUUUCUGUCUGUAUUUGAAUCAACUUAAUACAUCUACGAAACUAAAUACAUGGCAUAAUCGAUCCAUAUUGACAUUUUGAACUAUCCACUUUAUUUUGUUAUUGUCUCAACAGAAAGUCCUCACACAUACACGUGCAAACUAACACAUCCUUAAUUACAAAAUACAAGUUAUUUUCUUGUACAAAAUAAAACUGUAUAUUUGCUUGGCUAAUACAAACAAAACUUAUUAUCCGACAAGAGAGAGUACAAAUAAUAGUAAACAAUUUUUCUGUUCAAUCAUUAUUAGAUUUUUAUGUUAUUCACUUAUAUUAUUUCUGUGUGACAAACUGGUGCUUCGCUGAUUUUCAACUUUCAAUGCAUUGUUUAUGUAUUGUAUGUUUACGCGCCAUAGACUAAAUAAUUGUUACACGUCGGUUUUUUUUUUGGGGUGAGUGCAUGGAUAAUGGUUUCAUUGCUCAAUGUUUUGUACAAGUUAAUAGGUGGAAAAAAUUCAAAAGAAAAAGACUAAAAUAAAACUACUUAGUUCGUUGUUUCCUUUUUAAUUUCUCCUUUGUUUUGAGUUUGUGUUCAAAGUUAAUUUCCAUUAUUUUGGAAUGAUUGCCAGAUUAUAGCGUGUGUAUUAAAUUUGAAGUGUAUUUUGUUGAUUUGUUUU